CGAGACUUGAUGCCGGAAGUGCGGGCUCGCCGAGUACAUGGCGGCUUCUAUGAACUGAACCUUUCGCGGAUGGUCAGUACAGGAGGACGUAUUGACCAUGUUCGAAAUACCUGAUGAUGACGACUUGUUUCUGGAGGAUAAUAUACUAUGCAUAGAAACCAACAAAGCAGAAAGAACAACCACAUUGAGUAGACAGUUGCCAUUACAUGGCAAAAGGCUUGACAAUAAUGGCAGUUCACAAGAUAAAGCACACAAUGAUGAGAUCAGAAAAGUUGUGAAAAGUCCACAGUUGCAAAAAGAUGAGAGUUUUAUCCAACCUCAAUACACUGGAGGGAAAAAUUGGACUACCAACCCCACCAGGAAAACCCCAAACAUUUUCCAAACAGUUCACUGCCAACAUUGAUAGCAGCAUCAUUUGUGAUGGUGAAAGUGAUGCAUUGCCUCAUAGAAGAAGUCAGAGGCGAUUUCCAGGACCUGCUGGGUUGUUGCCAUUAAUGAAACCCACUGAACUUGAGACUGGAGGGAUAAAUAUCUCAGAUGUAAAUAAUGUCUUUGUAAACAAACCAUGCAGAAGAGAGGAACUUAACAUUAGCAACUCCCAAGCUAGCAGUGAUGAGUGUUCGCAGGCACUUCCUGGCAGUCUUUGAAGAGUGAUCUGGAGCCUGAUGCAGAUGAAGUGUUAAAAAAGUUCUCAGUGCGGGUCAUGCUACACAGAGCAAAAUGUCGACAGUUGCCCAAAGGAAAAGUUCCACUGAUGCUUGGAAUCAUAGAUUCUAUUGAUUUCACGGGUAUUGAUGCUGGUGUUGUGGUACGUGAUCAGACAGGUCAGAUGCAAGGCACGUUGCAUAGAGAUGUCUUGAGAGACUUUGGUGCUGAACUACAGGCUGGAGCAGCCAUUGUUCUGAGACAGGUGAGUGUCAUCAGUCCAUCAAGCAGGACACAUUAUCUCAACAUCACUAGUGCCAAUAUUGUGGCUAUCUAUCCAUCUCAAGGCUGUACAGGACAAGUCAUUCUGCCUGGAUCGCUUCUACAGUCUUCCGCAUCUGGCCAGACAGCUCAACAAACUCUGAAGACAUACAUCCACACAGCAGAUGUGGAGCUCAUCGAGGAAGGCAACAAAAGAAUGGAGAACACUCUGGUCAGCAUGCGUCAGAGAAUGGGAGAGGGUACACUUCCCCAAGCUCCUUUCACCCCUGGGAGUGUCAGAGGAAAUCAGCAACCUCCCAACACAAUGACUGAAUGUAGGGUACAGCGCUUGCCCCCUGUGCAGCAUAACAUGUCCCAGGGGACACCAUUGACACCUCAGUAUCAAUUUGUCAGAAACUCUCAAAACACAGUAGCUCAGCCUGCACAUUCCUCUUCCUCGAGUAGGUUUACAUUCAAGAAACUGUGGUAAAAUAUUUCCCUCAAGUGGAACUGUUUCUAGUGAUUGUCCAGCCACACCUAGUCCAAGCCAGCAUUCCCUAGGACAGCAGACUGGUGCAACAAGCAAACCUGGCAAUGUACUUCAGCAUGCUAAUGAAAAGGCAAAGGACAGACACUCAUCUUUCAACCGGCAUAAAUGCAGUUCAGAUAAAGACCCCAAAUUCCAAAGUCUUGGCAAACUGCAAGGCUGGAAUUGCUGACCCAUCACCCAGCACCUCAGCAUUUGUCCCAAAAGUCUGGAAUAACAGAGACAAUGAGGUCUCUGGAUGUUUGGUGAAAAGUUGCCAGUCAAGUGGUUUUUCUCCAAUUAGAGAAAUGGAAAUAGCUUGUCCUAACACUUUAAAAGUCAGUUCUGGUGCAUCAGAUUUACAGGGUGAAUCUUCAACGGGGCAGCUUUCUUUCAAUCAACAGUCAGCAGAUGUAUCAGAAAGUGUAUGGUUUGAUGACCUGAAUGACGACAUUCUGUCCCAGCUAUCUGAUGAUUUCUAAUUCACAUCUCACUUGAAUUGGAAGAGAAUUUUGAUUCAUCCACUGUACAUUUGUUAUGGGAAAUUUUAUGAUGGACUUUGAUAUACUGGAUCUUCUAACAAGUUUAAUUCUAUGGUCUGGAAUUAUUUUGUGUGUGAGCAAAAGGAGUGACAGGCAAGGAAAAUGUAAUAUUUCUAAGAAUAUUAAAACAGAAGUCUUAGCA